AUGUGGCCAGGCGCAUCUCCGGCAUGGCGCAAACGUCAGCCAACCAUCAAACCGCGUCUAGGCAUCAACCUCAACCCACCCAAAGCCAGCCGAUCUUCCUUGAGCACCUCUCAAACCUCCACUGCUAGCUCCAUCUUUGCCGUCAUAGAUCCGAUUCUGCUGACUAGGAGGCAGCUAGACGAUGGACUGGGUGGUGAAGCUGGCACGGACGAGGUUGGACCAGCUCCUGUUGCGCCUGCCGCCCCGACGUACAACAAUGGACUGUGGACUCCAACUGCUGCUGGUUCGGCCGCGAGUGCUACGCCGCCCGGGUUUACUGCAACCGUUGCGCUGGCGUCGGAUUCUAGCUCGGAGGAAGACGCAACCAUGUCUACAACUGCGGUGAUGCCCAGCUCGACAGCUUCGCUCUCUGCGACCCUUGCGUCGACUUCUGCUUCGGCAUCACGGACAGCUACGCACACCUCACUUUCUUCAGGCUCUUCUUCGUCCUCCACUUCCACCUCCUCCUCAUCCGCAUCCCCGUCCACCACAGACAAGUCUCACAGCAACUCCAACAGCGGCAGUGGAGGCUUCAAGCUGGUCUACCUCACGCCCAUCCUCGUCUUCGUCGGCCUCUUCCUCAUCUUCUCCGUCGGUGGCCGCAUGUGGGGGCGGUACCACCAUGCAUCGCGUGUCGAGGCAGCGCGUCGGGCCAAGUACGAUAAGCACGCCUCACGCCAAGCCAAAAAGCGCGAGAUGCAGCGCAUCAAGACCAUGUGGGGCUACGACCGCACGCCGAUGCUGCCCGCGGAACUCGAACCGGGUGAGCAUGACUUACAUUACAAGAACCCGCACACCGCUGCCGCGAAGCCCAAGACAGCAGCGGUUGCGGCUACGGAUGCGGAUGCCGAGAGCUCGUUCGGCAGCGACUCGGAGAGCGGCAAGAGCUCCGAGCUGGAUGAGAGGUAUCCUGGUACUUUCAAAAUUUUGUCCCUGGCGCUGCUCGGCGAGGGGAGCAAGCCCGAGCCGCCAGAGACGAGGGGCGAGGGGGGUAGGAAGUACGAUGUGGGUGUGCAGAGCAAUGGUUGGCUUGCGGUCAAAAUCAGGAGGUGGAUCGGGAACGACGAGGAGGAUCUGUCGGAUACGAGGUAUACCAUGGGUCCCAACAAGGCGGGUGGAAGACGUAUGAGACACGCUCUCAGCCGGGAUCGAUUGCGAGCCUCUGCUACAGCGCAGGACGACGAAAAGUCUACCUCCUCCCUGGCGUCCCCCACCAGCACGCUCUCUGUCGGCAGCGGCGAGAUGAAGUACAAAGCUGAAUUCUCCUCCGUCGACCUCAGUCGUCCAAACGCACCUUACUCGACUUCUCCCAACCGCUACGCAGCGCUGGGUCACGUUGGCACUGGCAGAGAGGCUGACGACCCGUUUUUGACCACCGCCUCCCAAGAAGCCACCGCACUAGGAUGGAGAAAGCCGCUGCCCCCGCAGCCGAAAGAGUCACCCUUCCGACCGGCGAUACUCAACUUCGGCCUGCGCUCGCGCUCGAAACAAUACGACUCGGUUGCGCCUCAAAGCGCAGAUCAGCUCGACACACCUGUCAAAGCCACUCCGCUCCAGAACUACAACGCCGACGAAUCGGCCGCCGCAGGAUUCCUGCCCAAGACGCUGGGCUUGGGGAUCAGCGGUGUCUGGAAGACCAUUACCAACCUUACGCACCCUACUUCCGCAGCCGUGCCUCUGCAAACGGACGAUGACGAUGAGGAGAGCUUUAUCGGGCGCCCCUACCGUCCGCAUUCCGACGUAAUGAGCGACAGCGACACACCCUACUCUGCGCAUCGACAGCAAGCCUACGGUGACGCAGGAACCCCGACUAAGCAGUCGCACCUCGCGCGGACAGGAACAGUGCUGCACGUGAAGACCACGGCGAACCAGCCAUGGAACACGCAGCACUCGGCCAGCCCGGCGAAGAAGAUCAGCGCAGCAGCAUGGAACGACGCGCUGCUCGCCAGCCCGGUCAACAAACCUGCGCUUCCGUACCAGCCCAUGCAGAUCCCGCAGCAGCCUUCGCCGUCGCCAUCGCCGACGAAGAAGUACGCGCUGGCACCACGUAAGUCGCUGCUGUUGCAUCAGGCGGUGACGUCGGCCAGCGCUGCGGCGGAGAGCAAGCUUGCGAAUGCCAUUUCGCCGGCAUUCACGGACUACAGCGAGCUGGUCGCGUGCUACUCGACGCCUAGCGACGUGCAGGGGGAGGGGUCGAUCCGCGUGCUCUCGCCGCCUCCGGCAGUGUCGGAUCAGAGGAGGGAGUAUGUGGCGGGGGUUGGGACGGGCGAGAGCGUGGGAGCGAGACAGAAGCUGCAGCGGGCUAAGACGACCAAGAUGUCCACACAGCACGACGAGGCUAGGAGGGACGAGAGCGUGCAGAGGAGCAAAACUUCCUCCACUUCUGCAUCUGGGUCAGGGCUGAACCGCAAAGCCACCGUCCACCACAGCGUGCGCUCGACCAAGCCCUCCAACGUCGACACCCGCGCUAGUCCAGACGGGAAAUCAGGAUUGUACCAAUACACCCUCACCCAGCCUCUGAGGGUGUCGAAGCCACCCUCUGCGUCGACAAGCGACUCGCCCGCCAUCCCCACUCGCGCCUCGUCCUCCUCCCCGACCAAACCUUCGCCCUCGACUUUCCCGCACACCACCGCAGCAACGCACCUGCCCACAGCACUGCGCAUCGCAUCUCCCGAACCCCUCCACCCACACCUCCAAUCGCUACCCCUCCUCCGCCACCAACCCCACCACCCGCAUUACCAACCUGAACCGUCUGCUUCCCCCCCGAAGCGCGCAAAGGCCGUGUCAAACCGCUCCAACCCGGACGAGGAGGCUGCGGCACGAAACUCGGCGGCAAAGGCGUUCAACCGAAACACGGCUUUCCAGACCGUGGAUGAGAUUGUCUUCAAUAGUUAUGCUCAGCAUCGUUAG